AUGGGCAACGAGGUGAGACCGGAGGGAGGGAGGAGGGAGGAAGAGGUAGAAUACGUAUUUGCUGGUAGAUAUCUGUUGUGCGGUGCAAUUCAAUGAGCAGCUGGAUACUGAAGUUUUGAUAACAGCUUGAUAACAAGACACCUUCCUAACUCAGUCCUUUUAUACUGAACACAAAUAUAAAAUGCAACAUGUAAAGUGUUGGUUCCCAUAAGCUGAAAUAAAAGAUCCCAGAACUGUUGCCAGAGAAGUGAGUGUUCAUUUCUCUAGCAUAAGCCGCCUCCAACGUUGUUUUAGAGAAUUUGGCAGUACAUUCUACAUUUGUAAAUGUUUUGUAAUUUAGCAGACGCUCUUAUCCAGAGCGACUUCCAGUGAGUGCAUACAUUUCCAUACGUUUGUUUUCUCCGUAAUGAUUCCCAGUGGGAAUUGAACCCACAACCAGGGCGUUGCAAGAGUCAUGCUCUACCAAAUGAGCCACACGGGACACAGCAGUAUGUCCAACCAGCCUCACAAACACAGACCAUGUGUAACCACGCCAGCCCAGGACCUCCACAUCCGGCUUCUUUACCUGAGGGAUCGUCUGAGACCAGCCACCUAGACAGCUGAUGAAACUGUGGGCUUGAACAACCAAAGAAUUUCUGCACAAGGAAACUCAUCUGCGUGCUCGUCGUCCUCACCAGGGUCUUGACAUGACUGCACUUCGGCGUCGUAACCGACUUCAGUGGGCAAAUGCUCACCUUCGAUGGCCACUGGCACACUGGAUGAAUCCUGGCUUCAACUGUACCGGGAAGAUGGCAGACAGCGUGUAUGGCGUCGUGUGGGCGAGAGGUUGUAAAUAGAGUGCCCCAUGGUGGCGGUGGGGUUAUGGUAUAGACAGUCAUAGGCUACAGACAACGAAAACAAUUGCAUUUUAUCGAUGGCAAUUUGAAUGUACAGAGAUACCGUGAUGAGAUCCUGAGGCCCACUGUCGUGCCAUUCAUCCGUCGCCAUAACCUCAUGUUUCAGCAUGAUAAUGCACGGCCCCAUAUUGCAAGGAUCUGUACACAAUUCCUGGAAUCUGAAAAUGUCCCAGUUCUUCCAUGGCCUUCAUACUCACCAGACAUGUCACCCAUUGAGCAUGUUUGGGAUGCUCUGGAUCGACGUGUACGACAGUGUGUUCCAGGUCCCGCCAAUAUCCAGCAAUUUCGCACAGCCAUUGAAGAGGAGUGGGACAACAUUCCACAGGCCACAAUCAACAGCCUGAUCAACUCUAUGCGAAGGAGAUGUGUUGCGCUGCAUGAGGCAAAUGGUGGUCACACCAGAUACUGACUGGUUUUCUGAUCCCUUGCCACUAAGUUUUUUUUAAGGUAUCUGUGACCAACAGAUGCAUAUCUGUAUUCCCAGUCAUGUGAAAUCCAUAGAUUAGGGCCUACUGAAUUUAUUCCAAUUGACUGAUUUCCUUAUAUGAAUUGUAACUCAGUAAAAUCUUUGAAAUUGUUGCAUGUUGCGUUUAUAUUUCUGUUCAGUGUAAAAUUGUGAAUAGAAACACACUGGUGGGGCUGAUUACUGUUGGUCCUGGCUGAACACUGGUCUAGGCUAGAGGGAGCAUUGUCCUGGCUGAACACUGGUCUAGGCUAGAGGGAGCAUUGUCCUGGCUGAACACUGGUCUAGGCUAGAGGGAGCAUUGUCCUGGCUGAACACUGGUCUAGGAUAGAGGGAGCAUUGUCCUGGCUUAACACUGGUCUAGGAUAGAGGGAGCAUUGUCCUGGCUUAACACUGGUCUAGGAUAGAGGGAGCAUUGUCCUGGCUUAACACUGGUCUAGGAUAGAGGGAGCAUUGUCCUGGCUUAACACUGGUCAGGAUAGAGGGGAGCAUUGGGCUAACACUGGUCUGGCUAGAGGGGCAUUGUCCUGGCUUAACACUGGUCUAGGAUAGAGGGAGCAUUGUCCUGGCUUAACACUGGUCUAGGCUAGGGGGAGCAUUGUCCUGGCUUAACACUGGUCUAGGCUAGAGGGAGCAUUGUCCUGGCUUAACACUGGUCUAGGCUAGGGGGAGCAUUGUCCUGGCUUAACACUGGUCUAGGCUAGAGGGAGCAUUGUCCUGGUUGACUUGGUAGGUCCCAGUAACACUACUAGUAGCUGGUCCCAGUCACUGACCUGUAUAUGAAGGUCACAGUACAACAACAUCAGGAAGCCCCCCACCAUGUUAAUGACCUCAUGCAUCCUUGUUUGUUUGUUAACCUUCCUCACCCCUGGUGCCCUCCCCUGCCAUGAACUCAUAAGACUGUAUUUAGCACUCUUUCCAAACCACACACACACACACACACAACAGGUCAUCUUCUUUACAACACCAUCAUAGUGACUAAAAUAACCACUGGCCGGGAUACCCCCAAAGGAUACCCCAAACAAACAGUCAUGGUUUCCCAAGGCCGACACUCCCUUGUUGGAAAACCAGGAGCGGGGAGGGAAAACCCAGCUGGACUCGUAAAUCAGGGCUGUAACCCGGAGAGUCAGGAGUGUGGGGAAUGGGAGCGUUGGGACGGCCUGGGGAAACGCAGGCUUUGACAGGAUUCCUUCCCAGGAAACAACAGUAACUAACUGACUGUGUCACCCCAGUUCAGAUACAGGUCAACAUGGGUCAACCAACCAGGUUAACUAGGUGUUGUUCUGUGACCAGCUCUACCAAAAGUCUGUUCAACGUCCAGGCCUGGAGCGCAUCAGUAGAACUACUGCUGCCUUUCUUUUCUAGCUGGUUAUUGAUGUUACUGAACCCUGUACUACUGAGUGACUCCAUGUCCCCAGCUAGACAAGAACAUACCCAGGAUGAGUGAGAGCUAAGGGAUACAGGGGGAUACAGAGGUCUUCCAUGUCCCAGGAGAGGAAGCCUGGAAGCAGCUCAGCUUUGCAGGGGUGCCUCCUACUCUCCAACACCUGAUGCAGCAGGGGACAGGACACAGGUACUUACUGAGCCACUCCCCAACCUCCUCCCAACCCCCCCAGGACCUAUCAGAACCCCCCCUUGCUCAGCCCCAGGUCCCUAAAGGAGGAAAGGGAAGUGAUGUCGCCCCCUGUGACAAGUUCCUGUGCAGCCUGUGUUCAAAGCCCCCCCCCCCCCCCAGGGUGUGAGCAGCACAGAGCCAUUUAUAGCUGGCUCCUUUCAAAGCCUCUGUAACGUAACGGAUGAUCUUCUCUUCCUGACAUUCUCUGUAGUCUGGGGGGUCUGGGGGGAUCUGGGGAUAGGCUGGAUGGGGAUGUGUAGGCUGGGAAAUGACACCGACUUGGCCCGACAGAUAAGAGGAACGUUACUAAUGUGUGUACACACACACGAAACACACACACGACCACUUGUACACACACAAGUCAUACAUUCACCAGAAUGAAAGAGAGGUGACUCACCUGUGUCCCCAGGUACUGUAGAGUGAUCUCUCCUCCUGCGUCUCUAGACAGACACUGUAGAACCCUGGGGAUUCUGUUGAUGGUGACAGGCAGCAGGGCUGAGGCCAGGUUCCACUCUCCACUAACCUCCACCUUAACUCCAUCCACCUCCACCUGCCAGGGGGUCAGAGGAAAAGUAUUGUAAUUACUACACUCUACUGAUUAUUCUGAUACAAGACAUUUGCUUCCUAAGUGGAGAGACUGCAGUUUGAUAUGCUUGGAGAGACUGCAGUUUGAUAUGUAUCCACUACUAGAGAGGACCAGGGAAAGACCCAGUAUCCACAACUAGAGAGGACCAGAGAAAGACCCAGUAUCCACUACUAGAGGAGAGGACCAGGGAAAGACCCAGUAUCAUAGAGAGGACCCAGGGAAGAUUCCCAGUAUCACUACUAGCGGACGAGGACAGGGAAAGACCCAUCGUAUCCACUACUAGAGGAGGAGGACCAAGGGAAAGCCCCAGUAUCCACUACUAGGGAGAGGACCAGGGAAAGAACCCAGUAUCCACUACUAGAGGGAGAACCGGGAAAUACCCAGUAUCCACUACUAGAGGAUCAGGGAAAGACCCAGUAUCAACUACUAGAGGACCAGGGAAAGACCCAGUAUCCACUACUAGAGAGGACCAGGGAAAGACCCAGUAUCCACUACUAGAGGACCAGGGAAAGACCCAGUAUCCACUACUAGAGGACCAGGGAAAGACCCAGUAUCCACUACUAGAGGACCAGGGAAAGACCCAGUAUCCACUACUAGAGAGGACCAGGGAAAGACCCAGUAUCCACUACUAGAGAGGACCAGGGAAAGACCCAGUAUCCACUACUAGAGGACCAGGGAAAGACCCAGUAUCCACUACUAGAGAGGACCAGGGAAAGACCCAGUAUCCACUACUAGAGGAGAGGACCAGGGAAAGACCCAGUAUCCACUACUAGAGGAGAGGACCAGGGAAAGACCCAGUAUCCACUACUAGAGGAUCAGGGAAAUACCCAGUAUCCACUACUAGAGGAUCAGCGAAAGACCCAGUAUCCACUACUAGAGGACCAGGGAAAGACCCAGUAUCAACUACUAGAGGACCAGGGAAAGACCCAGUAUCCACUACUAGAGGACCAGGGAAAGACCCAGUAUCCACUACUAGAGAGGACCAGGGAAAGACCCAGUAUCCACUACUAGAGGAGAGGACCAGGGAAAGACCCAGUAUCCACUACUAGAGGACCAGGGAAAGACCCAGUAUCCACUACUAGAGGACCAGGGAAAGACCCAGUAUCUACUACUAGAGGACCAGGGAAAGACCCAGUAUCCAGCACCAGCCUUUCCUGGGGGGUACUGGCCCCUAGUAUGAUGUGUGGUUCAGUGGUUCUAGGUGACCAGGAGAGGCUGAUUAGGAGCAUAUGUUAUCAUGGUUCAGGGAAAACCACCCAGCACCAAUAUCCAGACCAACCACCCACCCACAUGACCAGGGACUGCAGGUGUCUAAACACCCGGGCACCGAGUGAUGUCUGUCGGCGGCGACAACCCCUCCUCCCCCCUCCCCACCACCUGGACCUAAGCUACAUUCAAGCCCCCUCACAGAGAGAAGGGCCUACUGCUUUUAUUCACUUCACCACAAACCACAGGGAUGUACAGUGGGGUGCGAAAUGAUUGACACCAUUGAUAAAGAUGAGCAAAAAUGACUGUAUAAAAUAACUAACUCAAAUAGUGAGCUAUAUUGUAUACGCAAAGAAAUAGGAGAAGUAUAUUAUUUUAUACUAAUACAAUUGUUUUUUUAUUAACAAGUUAUUUAAAAAAUAUAUUUUUUUUAAGGUAGGAGUCAAGAUUAAUGACACCACUGUUUUAAAUACUUCACCUUGUGAGGAUAAGGAUACUGAGCCUUUUUCUAAAACAUUUUAUAAGUUGGAGAACACAUUGGGAGGGAUUUUAGACCAUUCCUCCAUACAGAAUCCUUCCAGAUCCUUGAUAUCCUUCGUCUGCGCUUAUGGACUGACCUCUUCAAUUCAAACCACAGAUUUUCAAUGGGUUUCAAGUCCGGAAACUGAGGUUAUUUUCUGCUCAUGCAUUCUCAUUUCGACGCCAAACCCACCACUGGUGUGCAUGGCCAAAUAACUUUAUUUUCAUGUCAUCACCGGUUCCAAUCCAAGUGCCAACGCCGUUUAGCAAACUCUACAUUUGUUGGACAGGAAAAUAGAGCUCUUUGUCCACGCAAACCAGCGGUGGGUUUGGUGUCAAUGAGAACGCAUGAGCAGAAAAUAACCCCAUACCUACUGUAAAAUAUGGUGGUGGAUCUUUCAUGUUAUGGGGCUAUUUUGCUUCCACUGGUCCUGGGGCCCUUGUUAAGGUCAACGGCAUCAUGAACUUUACCCACUACCAGGACAUUUUAGCCAGAAACCUGGUUGCCUCUGCCAGGAGGCUGAAACUUGGCCACAAGUGGAUCUUCCAGCAAGACAAUAACCCCAAGGACACAUCAAUUUCCACAAAGAAAUUGUUAAUUGGCCACAAAAUCAACAUUUUGCAAUGGCCAUCUCAGUCUCCGGACUUGAAACCCAUUGAAAACCUGUGGUUUGAAUUGAAGAGGUCAGUCAAUAAGCGCAGAUGAAGGAUAUUACAUUUAAGUCAUUUUGUAUUUAAAGGUAUUAAAAAUGGUGGUGUCAAUAAUUUUGACCCCUACCUUUUGAGAGAAAAAUACUUUUUAAACAAAAUGUCUUUCUCUGAGCAAUUGUAUUAGUAUAAAAUAAUAUCAUUUCCACAUUUUUAUUUUCUCCAUAAAAUAGAUCUCAGUAUUUGAAUUAUUUACUUUACAGUUAUUUUUGCUCAUCUUUAUCAAGGGUGUCAAUUUCAGACCCCACUGUGCGUGCGUGCGUGCGUGCGUGCGUGCGUGCGUGUGGGUGUGUGUGUGUGUGUGUGUGUGUGUGUGUGUGUGUGUGUGUGUGUGUGUGUGUGUGUGUGUGCGCGUGCGUGCGCGUCACUCACAGUGAACGUGGAUCCAGAGCGUGACACAGCGACCGUGUGCAUUCCCUUCUCCAGCUCCACACAGAGCUCCCACUGCCUCCGUUCCUGGGGGGCGGUGGACACCCUGAAACACACCACUUUCCCAUUAGGAUCAGUCUCAGAGAGCUAUUCCCUGGGGGUCAGAGGGAGCUGAAUAAACAGUUAGAGUCAGCUCCUCCACUGACUGACAGCUGCCUCCUCUCUCUCCCUACACCAGAGACCAGUCUGCUGGUCUGUUACAACGCUGAACCAAGGAGAUCAUAGCCAGCUAACCUUUUAGCCAACAUUCCUAAAUAUUCGGAUAUAACGUUUAUAAAGAAAGAUAGACUUGAAAUGAGCAUGGUAUAAACUAACAUAAUCAACAGUUCCAACACAUACAAGUUUAGAUUUGAACCAGAAAUUCAAGAGAUAUGUUUAUAAAAAAUGAGAUGGUUAAACAAUAGUGUUGAUGCUUUAAUGAUCCUGCUCCCUGGAAUACUCCACUGUAGAAGGAUCUGUCUGGUUUAUCCCUGCUCUGAGAGAGAGGAGGGAGGAGGAGGGAGGGGUUAGGGAGGAGAGGGGAGGGGUGAGGGAGGAGAGAGAGGAGGGGGGAGAGAGGGGAGAGGAGGGGUGAGGGAGGAGGGGUGAGGGAGGAGAUAGGUGGGGUGGGAGAGGAGGGGUGAGAGGGGAGGGAGGAGAGAGGGGGGAGGAGGGGGGAGAGGGAUCGGGAGGAGAGAGGGGGGAGGAGGGGUGAGAGGAGAGGGAGGAGAGAGGGGGGAGGAGGGGGGAGAGGGGAGGGAGGAGAGAGGGGGGAGGAGGGGUGAGAGGAGAGAGGGGGAAGGUAGGAGUGAGGGAGGAGGGGUGAGGGGGGCCUCUGCCACUGACUGCCACUACAAAGACCGACCCCCGGCGGUUCAUGAAUAACGAAAGGAAAUGAUCCGAAAAGGAAAGAGAAGAAAAUGUGAGCAGAUGUUUAGACAGAUGGCAGCGCUGAGAGAGAGGUCUAACAGUUUGACCAACAGACUGCUACUCUAUGCUAGUAUACAGCUCUGUUAACUGCUGACAUAUUGCAGAACUGAGCCAGUGUAAAACACUGCUUUAAACACACAACACAAUAAUAAACCCUGUAAAACAGACAGUGGACAUUCAGAUACAGUCCAACAGCACAAUAAAGGAGUAUACUAACACAUGAGGAACAAUGAGAGCUCUAGCUCUUUCUGAAGUCAACUAGAACCUCUUGGUGUUUUUUACCUCCUCUCUGUUUGAAUUAACCUUUAUUUAACCAGGUAAGUCAUUGAGAACACAUUCUCUUUCACAAUAACAACCUGACCAAGAUGGUGCUUUAUCUAAGCGUUAUUCCACUACCAGUUCAUACAAGAAGUUCCCUCUCAGUUAUUUAAAUUGGUUUAAUUUACCUGAGAUUACCCAGGAACCUCUGGGAGCGGAGCUGUGCGGAGACGUAGAGAGCGGCUGCGGUGGCGAGGAGCUCCCUACGACCCUCGGAGGUCAGCUGGUGACCUUUGAACCCCUCUGGGUAUUCCUCUGGCAGGAAGUUAGUGGUGAUGUCACCGGAGAUGAAGCGAGGGUGGGUGAUGAUCUCUCUGAGUAGGGGGAUGUUGUGGGUCACACCUGGACAGUCACACAGGAACAACAGUCACGAGACAGGCAGAGAUCCAGCACCCUCUACAUGUGUGUAGCUCUACAGAACAUAGCAGCCUUGCGGUACUGAAGAACCUUCCAGAAAGCACUAACACGCAACAGUGUGUGUGUGUGUGUGUGUGUGUGAGACUUACCUCUGAUGACGUAGUUAUCCAGAGCGUCCUCCAUCCUCUGUAGGGCUUCAGCGCGUGUGGCGCCAUAGGUCACCAGCUACGGCGAGCACAGAGGGACAUUGACAUUCUAGAUAAGUAA